CCGACAUAUGCAGCCUGUAGGUUCCUUAGUGGGCUACUUUCACGACCUAUUAAGACGCGCUCUUCCCCACACUCAGCUUCAGCUUUCUCGCAUUCAUCAUUGCCCACUUAACUCAUUUUCGUUCUCAUCGACUUAAUGGGUCCGGUCAGACUUACACUCAAGAUCACCCCGCUCUCCGCUCUCCGAACCUCCACCCACCACAUCCCCGCGCACGGGCACAUUCCCAACACCUCCCUCUCCCCGCACCCUCUCCUCAUCUACCACGGCGCGUUCACUCCCGAGCCCACGCCGCAGCCGUCGACGAUCGAGGCGCACCUCAAGCGCAUCGGCGUCGUCUCGCCGCAGUGGCGCUACACGAUGUACAGCCAGUCGCACUUCCACUCGACCACGCACGAGCUGCUCGUCGUCUUCCGCGGCGCAGCGCGGCUCCUCUUCGGCGGGGAGGGGAACCCUGGCGCAGUGACCUCGAGGCGAGGAUGGGGGACGCGAUGUUGCUGCCCGCAGGCGUCGCACACCGGCUACUGGAGGACCUGGGCGAGGGCGGGGCAUUCGAGAUGAUCGGGAGCUACCCAACCGGGAAGAACUGGGACAUGUGCUACGGAGAUGGGCGUGGGGCCGAGGACGUGGAGGGCAUCCGGGAGAGAAUCGGAGGACUCGGGUGGUUUGAGAAGGAUCCGAUUUACGGGGAAGACGGG